AUUCAAAUAUCUAUACAUACACAUUAACCUCCCUUUCAACCUGGGCAACAGAUACAGAAGAAUCAUUGUCCACCUUCCCAUUUGAUUCUUCUGUAUAUUCAUCCCCUUCACGUUACCAAAAUCCCUUUUCAUUCUCCUUACAUAAUCCAAAUUAUAGAACAAAUUACAAAAGAAAGAAAGCAACAAUCAUGGGGCGCUGCUGUUGUUGCAACUGUCUCUUCAGCUGCGUUUUCGCAUGCAUCUGUCAAAUACUCUGCGCCAUUAUCAUCAUUUUGGGCGUCAUUAUUUUAGCCCUUUGGCUCAUUUUCAGGCCCAAUAAGGUCUACUUCCACAUUGCUGACGCCUCGCUCACAAAGUUCGAUUUCUCCCCCACGACAAACACCCUCGAUUAUGAUCUUUCCCUCAGCGUUGACAUCAGAAACUCCAACAAAAAGAUUGGGGUUUACUUUGACCACAUCGAAGCCAAGACUACUUAUCAUCGCCAGAAGUUCGCCAAUACCAAUCUUGAAUCGUUCUAUCAGGAUCCCAAGAAUACUACUAUCUUGAAUCCAGUGCUCAAGGGUCAGAGUUCGGUUUAUUUGGGAGAUAGUGAGAAAUCAGAUUACAAUGACGAGAAGAAAUCUGGGAUGUACAGGAUUUUCACGGUGCUUUACAUGCGCAUUAGGCUUAAGUCUGGUUGGAUCACAUCAGGGAAGUUUAAGUUAGCAGCUGGCUGUGAGUUGAAGGUUCCUAUGAAAUCAAAUGUUGGAUCUUCGGGUACUUUUGAGAGAACCAAUUGCGUUAUUAUACCUUGGGCGCGCCAUUAAUCUUGGAGUUUAUUUCUUUGUUCUUUUUUAAUUUCUAGUCUUUGACUUGUUUCUCUAUAUAUUCUUUGGAUUAUUAGGAGAUGUUCUUGAUUAAGGGAAUUUGUUUUCUUUUUUUUUUUUUGUUUUGAGAUACUACCCAUCCCGAUUUAUCUUGAAAGAUAUAUUGUUAAGUAUAUUGGGAUGAAUAAACCUAGAUAAGGCAUACCGAAUAUAGGGAUUUCAUCUAUCGAUCCCUAUAAAUUUGGGAUUGAUAAUUAGUUAAUUCAUUGAUAAUUUUAGAUAUUAUUCAUAUACACAUAGUAUGAUCUGGUUAUUCUAA